AGGACGAAGAGAUCAAUCUCACAAUCCAGCCAUGCCCUUUAAAUUCUUCUUUGCAGCCUGGGACGUCGAUGAAAUGGCAACAAUUGUCGGUUUUCUUGUGAGAGCUUUGCAAUUUGUUGAAAUAGACGUGUUGACUGAUGAACGAUCCGAGCCUGAUAGGCAUACUACAGCGGCAAAGACUAGAUUGUCUAGAGCAAAGACGUACAUUGAGUGUCAAGGAAGACGGCUUUCUUCCGCAAAUGCUUCAGCUCAUAGACACUCUGAAGCGACGGAAUGUCACUGUGACCGUAGGGCGGAACUGGAAAGCAUCAUUAGUACGGCGGGAGAAAAAAGUGCAAAUCAUACGCUGUUUAUCAUCCCCAAUGAAAACCAGUUUGGUCAGAGACCGGGAGAGAGAAUGGACCAGAGGAACAUAGUUGCCAAUCUCAAUCUUCACAAGGGUGAGAACAUGAAUGCCAGUAGGAUGGUCCCGAACCUGACUAGCUUCGUCCACGAUGACAGUGUUCACCGGAACUAUGCGAUAGACGUUGGAAAGACGAUCGCUAGUCAGCAUGCUGAUUGUACACAGAAUGGUUUUGGUUCCCAGAAGCAUUCGUUCGACUGCUACGAUGUCCUGUGAAAUCUCGUCACUUCUGAUGACAUUCGGUGCAAUUUUCUCGUAGAGGUGUUCGUGCCAGUCGAAGUGAAAUUCUGGGUCGUCUCAACACCAGUUCGGAUCGCAAAAAGAGACUCACCCUUCGACACGAUGAUCUUGAAAUCGAGGUGCCCCACAGAAGCCAACUUUUCAGCGAUGUUCUUCACUGCGACAUUACUCUGUGCGACAAGCCACAGAGACCUGCCACAGGCGGCGCUGCUGAUACUCGUGACAACCGCCGCGAUGACAGUUGUCUUCCCGGUUCCCGGUGGUCCCUGAAUCAGCGUCACAGGCUGGGGCGAGAGGAUCUCUUCAACUGCACGCUGCUGAGAAGGAUUCAGCGGACGGGAAAACUUGAUCGGGAUCGCGGUGGUCGGUUUCUUAAGAGAGCCCGCUUGCUUUGAGCGCACUUCAAAGCUGUCUUUCGCCGACCAGAUCAUCUGGAAAAACGGCUUGCUAGUGAGGUCGGAGGCUCCUUUCAAAGCCGAAAGAAUGGCAGCUUCUCGUUGAACCUCUGCGCCAGUCGAUGGAACCUUGCCAAGCGUGCGUACUCGAAUCCGUUUCGCGUGGAGCAGGUCGUUCCCUUUGAGCUGGACUUUGAAGGCCCGCCCUCGGAUAUCAUUCACUCUUCCCGUCGCCGCACGGAUCUCUUUCCCUUCUUUGUCGAAUCCUGUGAUAAGUAACUGAGAGGAAGAGUAUAUGCUCCAUCAAUGUACAUGUGUAGAAACCACUUUCGUACCGCAGUAUUUCGGCCUUGAACUCGGGUCUUGAAGCGAGAUGAAGUUCCUUGCAACUCGCCUUGCUUAAAGGUGAAUUUCUGAGUUACUUCGUUCCGAGUCACAUCCGGCUUCAGCGCGUCCAGACAGCAAGCAUCGCGCACGAUUUUGGAUAAUGCCGCCAGGUG